AUGGAUGAUUUGGAACGAUUGUCGCUUAUAUCAAAAGUAUGUGUCGAAUUGGAGAAUCAUUUCGGUUUUGGCGAUAAAACUGUUGCUGAAUUUAUCAUACAUCUCAUAACGGAAAAUCCGACAUUUGAUAAAUUUAAAAAAGCUAUCAUUGCGGAAGGACUUGGCGAUGAAUUUGAUGAUUCGCUUUUGUCAAAUCUUUUGCGCCUUAUACAACAUAUGCAACCGAAGAAGACUGAAAUUAAAAAACCUGUCAUUAUUUCUGAUGAUAAAAAUUUGUUGAGAGAACGCUUACCUGCUUUAGCUAUGCCUAAUACUACUAAUAAUUCCUCAGAUGAUUUGAUGCAUGAACUUGAAAGUUUGAUGCCCAAAUGGAAAGAUGAACAGAAACAAAAGAAGGAAAAUCAUAAAUUAAGGAGCAGACGUAGGUCGCGCAGCCGGAGUGUUGUUGAUUCAAGGAAGCAUAAGGAAAGAAGGCACCAUAGUAAUGAAAAGGCUGUUUACGCUAAGGAUAGAAAACGUAGAAAGUCUCGUGAAAGAGAGCGAUCUUCUUCAAGACGACGCAGUAGUAAGCUACGUAGAUAUAGCGAUAGGUCGUCUUCUAAAUCGCCUAGGCGUGAUCGACAUGAGAGGCGAAACGGUAAUCGAUAUCAUAACGAGAAUGAUGAUCGUGAUCCAGUAGUUGGGAAUAUAUAUAAUGGGCGAGUUAAUAACAUUCAGAAAUUCGGUGCUUUUGUUCAGCUGGAAGGAUUUCGUCAAAAAUUCGAAGGACUUCUUCAUAUUUCACAGAUAAAAAAAGAACGAAUAGGAAGUGUUGACGAAAUAUUAAAACGAGGUGAAAAAAUCAAAGUCAAAGUAAUCAAAUAUGAAAAUGGUAAACUGAGUUUAUCAAUGAGAGAAGUGGACCAAAAAACGGGCGCAGACUUGAAUCCUAGAGAGGCAUCAUUGCCUCGUGAUUCUCUGGUAGGAUUUGAUGAUGCUCCACGGAAUCCGGAAGCUCCUUGGAUUAAUCCUAGUUUUAGCAAUCCUGAAGAGAUAGUUCAAACAAAAAGUUCUGCCAAAAGUCGAGUUCGUUUAACUACUCCAGAACGAUGGGAGUUAAGGCAAAUGCAAGGUGGUGGUGCCAUUCGAAAUGUAGAUUUACCUGACUUUGACGAGGAGCUUGGAAUUCUCAAAAAUUUUGAUGAAGAAAGUGAUGGAGAGGAUAUUGAAAUCGAAUUGGUUGAGGAUGAACCUGAAUUCCUUCGAGGAUAUGGGAAGCAUGAAAUGGAUUUAGAACCUGUUAAAGUUGUAAAAAAUCCAGAUGGAAGUUUAGCUCAAGCUGCAUUGAUGCAAAGUGCGCUUGCCAAAGAACGGCGUGAACAAAAAUUGCAAGCCCAGAGAGAGCAGGACUCCAUGAAUCAACGCAGUGGAUUUUCAUCAACAGCACGAUUUAAUGACCCGAUGGCUGAUGUGAAUCAGCGGUCUUCGACCAUGGAUGGAUCUGGUUCCAGUUCUCGACAAAGGGAUAUGCCAGAGUGGAUGAAACAUGUAACUGCUGGUGGAAGAGCGACUUAUGGUAAAAGAUCAAAUUUGUCAAUGAUUGAACAGAAAGAAUCAUUACCAAUUUUUGCUCUUAAAAAAGCAUUGAUGGAAGCAAUAGCAUCAAAUAAUAUUCUUAUUGUGAUCGGUGAAACUGGAUCAGGAAAAACAACGCAAAUAACUCAAUAUAUGUAUGAAGCUGGUUAUACUGCUAGAGGUCGUAUUGGAUGUACACAACCUCGGCGUGUAGCCGCGAUGUCGGUAGCGAAGCGAGUAAGUGAAGAAAUGGGUUGUCGAUUGGGUUCGGAAGUUGGUUACACGAUUCGAUUUGAAGAUUGUACGAGUCAAGAUACUUUGAUCAAAUAUAUGACUGACGGUAUGUUGUUGCGCGAGUGUCUACUGGAUUCAGAUUUAAAAUCCUAUUCAGUUAUAAUGCUUGAUGAAGCGCAUGAGCGAACAAUUUAUACAGAUGUAUUAUUUGGUCUUUUAAAAGCAGCUGUUAAGAAGCGUCCUGAAUUGAAGCUCAUCGUCACCAGUGCUACUUUGGAUGCAGUCAAAUUUUCUGAAUAUUUUUAUGAGGCACCUAUCUUCACGAUUCCAGGACGAGCAUUUCCAGUUGAAAUUUUAUAUACACGUGAGCCAGAAACUGAUUACUUGGAUGCAGCUCAUAUAACGGUCAUGCAAAUUCAUCUCACUGAACCUCCUGGCGAUAUUCUUGUUUUUCUUACUGGUCAAGAGGAAAUUGAUACAUCUUGCGAAGUGUUAUAUGAAAGAAUGAAAAGCCUCGGACCUGGUGUUCCUCAGCUGAUCAUUCUUCCUGUAUAUGGUGCAUUACCGAGCGAAAUGCAAACUCGAAUAUUCGAACCUGCGCCACCUGGAAGUCGAAAGGUAGUAAUUGCAACAAAUAUUGCGGAAACAUCGCUAACGAUCGAUGGGAUAUUUUAUGUUGUUGAUCCCGGCUUUGUCAAACAAAAAAUCUAUAAUCCUAAAAGCGGCAUGGACUCUUUGGUUGUCACGCCUAUAUCGCAAGCGGCUGCAAAGCAACGAGCUGGUCGAGCAGGUCGUACUGGGCCUGGCAAGUGUUAUCGAUUGUACACUGAACGUGCUUUUCGCGAUGAAAUGCUUCCAACACCUAUUCCCGAAAUACAGAGGUCCAAUUUGGCUUCUACCCUCUUGCAGUUGAAAGCCAUGGGCAUAAAUAAUUUGAUCGAUUUUGACUUUAUGGAUUCACCUCCAAUCGAGGCUAUGAUCACAGCACUUACUCAGUUGCAUACUUUAAGUGCACUAGAUAAUGACGGUCUUUUAACAGCAUUAGGAAAAAAAAUGGCAGAAUUUCCACUCGAACCCAGUCUUGCAAAACUUUUGAUUAUGUCUGUUGAUCUCUGUUGCUCUGAUGAAGUUUUGACGAUUGUGUCCAUGUUAUCCGUGCAAAAUGUAUUUUAUCGACCAAAGGAUAAACAAGAAGUUGCUGAUCAAAAAAAAUCGAAGUUCCAUCAACCAGAAGGUGAUCAUCUUACUUUACUUGCGGUUUAUAAUUCUUGGAAAUAUCACCAUUUCUCUCAGACUUGGUGUUAUGAGAAUUUUAUUCAAAUUCGCACUCUUAAGCGUGCUCAGGAUAUUCGAAAGCAAUUAUUAAGUAUAAUGGACAGGCUUAAGUUAAACACAGUUAGUUGUGGCAAAGAUGUUCAAAGGAUUCAAAAAGCAAUUUGUUCUGGAUUUUUUCGAAAUGCUGCCAAAAGAGAUCCACAGGAAGGUUACCGAACGCUUGUGGACGGUCAAAAUGUAUAUAUUCAUCCUUCUAGUGCAAUUUUCCAAAACCAACCUGAAUGGGUUGUUUAUCAUGAACUGAUAAUGACAACAAAAGAAUAUAUGCGUGAGGUAACUGCUAUUGAUCCAAAAUGGUUGGUGGAGUUUGCACCAUCAUUCUUCAAAAUGGGUGAUAAUACGAAAUUAUCUGCUUUCAAAAAGAACCAGACAAUCAAUCCAUUCCAUAACAAACACGAAGAUCCAAAUGCAUGGCGUAUUACUCGCCUCAAAAAGAAAAUUUACAAUCCGAAUCGAUAA